AUGUCUUCUCUUCAUUCGAGUCCCAAUCCGACUCCUCCUACCUCAAGAGUUCCCGCACAACAGCAAUCGCCUCAUAUGUCUCCAUAUCCACAGAGAACAUCCUCUUUGAAUCGAAGACGUGGUAUAUCGCGUGUGCGGACCGAAUUCCUACCUACCAUUACUUCCGCCCCUACCGUUCCAAUGUCGGCGUCCUCGGUCACAACCUCCAGCUCCGCACAAGCGUCGCCCAUCAUGUCACCCGAAACUAAUCAAGUUAUGACCAACAACUCCUCAUUACAAGUAUCCCCCGAAGGCCCUCGUGGGCGUGAACCUGAACAUCGCCUUCCCCCUUUCGAACCCCUCCCCGACUCAAUAGUUUCAAGGAAACAUAGUCAAACUGCCAUGGCUGAGGCAUUCACCGGCAAUAGGUCGCAAGGUUUGAUGAGAAGGUUAUCGAACAAGAUCUCCCGACGACAAUCGACCACUAUAAGUCGAGACCAAAGUGCUGGACCAGUCAUGUUGCGACGCAGGAGUGACAGCACCAAUACAGCUCCAGAUUCCAGACACAACUUCUUUAACUCUGAUUCCGACGAAGAUGCCCACGAGGAUUGUAUCGAGUGGGUGGACUCUCCAUUGGGUAUUGAAGGUCUUCCCGGCGACUAUCCAAGUUCCAAUGCCUCGUUCGCUUGCUCUUCGACGAUGACUAGCGGCGGCGGUAAUGGAGGCCUCGCAUUGGGUCCCGUCAUACCUACCAUCCUUCUCCAAGGGACCACCAUGAUCAAAAUCACAAAGAAGAAGAGAAAGUUUCUUACAUUUGUUCUAGAAGAUGAAGCUUGUAAAGUGUCAUGGGACAAGACGAGACCUGCGAAAAGCUUCCUCAUUGACAACAUCAAGGAAAUUCGACUCGGAUCUGAUGCUCUGAAUUAUCGUGAAGAAUUUAAAGUUGACCCUCAGGACGAACCUCGUUUCUUCUCCAUCCUGUACGUGGUACCCGACCACAAGUCGAAUGGACGCUCAACGAAAAUUAUGCACUUGAUCGCCCCCGAUGAACAAACUUUCGACCUUUGGACAACAACCCUGGAAGCUAUUUCAAAACAUAGAUAUGAAAACAUGUCAAGUCUUGUGGCCUUCAACGAAAAGGCAGUUAGGAACUAUUGGCGAGGCGAGAUGACCAAGCAGUUUUCGGAAAUACCUCAUGCCGAAGAUGAAGAGGCUCUUAACUUCGAGGGAGUCGAGCAACUUUGCAAGAAUCUCCAUAUUAACACUUCUUCCAGAUUCCUGCGCGAGCGAUUUCACAAGGCGGAUGCUACCAAGUCGAAGAAAUUGAACUUUACCGAGUUUCAGGAAUUUGUGAAGCUUAUGAAACGCAGAGAAGAUGUUUCGGAAAUCUACAAAGAUCUUGCUUCCGACGCGGCGAAAGGAAUCACACUGGAAGAAUUUAUCAAUUUUAUUGCCGUCGUACAAGGGGAGAAUGUUGAAAAAGACCGAGCCAAAUGGGAAUCGAUUUUCGCGAAAUUUGCCCGUCGAUCAAGAUCACGAGAUCAGCCACUGCAAGAUGGCGAGGCCGCACGAAUGAGUGAAGAAGCCCUUGCUACCUUCUUCACAUCUAUCCACAAUGUUCCCCUAGAGGCGAUGCCCGAAACAUUUCCCCUCGAUCGUCCUAUGCAUGAGUACUUCAUCUCUAGCUCUCACAAUACUUACCUCAUGGGUCGACAGGUCGCUGGUGAAUCGAGUGUUGAGGCUUACAUAUCAGCUCUAAUCAAAGGUUGCCGGUGUGUAGAAAUUGAUUGUUGGGAUGGCAAAGAUGGGCGACCGAUUGUCAAUCAUGGACAUACGAUGACCAGGCCCAUCAUGUUUUCUGACGUCAUGUACACCAUCGCGAAAUAUGCCUUUGUCAAAUCUCACUUCCCGUUAUGGAUUUCUCUGGAGGUUCAUUGCAAUGAUGCCCAGCAGGCAGCCAUGGCUCAGAUCAUAAAAGACGCUUGUGGUCCUUUGCUGGUCACAGAGCCUCUUGAUCCUUCGUCUCAAGAGCUCCCUUCGCCUUCUCAAUUGUUGGAUCGAAUCUUGAUCAAGGUCAAGAAACCCAGAGUCGAUGAAGCACCGGCCAAGGUCAACGGUCGGUCUCGUGGAAACAGUCUUAGCUCACCUCGUGUUUAUCCUACUCAGCUCGAUAAUUCAAGCAUUUCUAGUGGCUCCCUCCUACCUACGCCAAGUUCAACCUCCAGUGGAAGCAAUAUCAAGCAAAGCAUUCGAAGAACUGGAACUGAUGAAACUACAAGUAGCAGCAGUAGCGAUAGUGAAGGAAACGAAGACAGAGCUAAGGAUAAGCCCAAGACAAGCAAGAUUGUUAAAGUCCUCGGAGAGCUUGGCAUUUACAGUGCUGGUGUUAAAUUUCGUGGUUUCGAUGAUCCCGAGAGCAAGACCUACAAUCACAUCUUCUCAUUCAUGGAAUCUACGUUUGAUAGGAAUAGCAAAACUCAGGGUGAUCGCCGUGCAAUGACAAGACAUAACAUGAGAUUUCUCAUGAGAGUAUAUCCCAAUGGAUGGCGUGUCGCAUCUACCAAUUUCGAUCCUCUCAAAUAUUGGCGACGAAGUGUUCAGAUGGUUGCUCUCAAUUGGCAAACUCAUGAUCUCGGUAUGCAAAUGAAUGAUGCUAUGUUUGCAGGAGGCACUGAUCAAUCUGGUUACGUCCUCAAACCAAGCGAACUUCGAGAGAUUAAAAUGCUUCCUAGUGUUCCCGAGGAAGCAGGUGCCGAUCAUGUCAAGCGAGAGCGUAAGAAUGUUAACUUCUCGAUUGAUAUCAUCUCUGCUCAACAACUCAUGCGCCCAAAAGGUCUCCCUUCGAAUCGUUCUGUCGAUCCAUAUGUUGAAGUCGAGGUUUACCAUGCUGAUGACAAGAGCAAGGAAAAUAAAGGAGUCAUUGGCGAAGGUGGUCUUGACGCUUCUGCUAAGGAUGGCUCUUCUGGUUUGGGUGCUCCUCAUAAGCGUCGUACACACAUCGUCCAAGAGAAUGGCUUCAAUCCUGUUUUCAACAAGAAAUUUAAUUUCGCUCUAACGACCAAAUUCCCAGAACUCGUUUUCGUUCGUUGGACUGUCAGAUGCUCCCCGGAUGGUCACAGUUACAAUGAUAAAAGUUUACCCUUGGCUACAUAUACUGCCAAACUCAGCAGCCUUAAACAAGGUUAUCGCACUCUACCUCUCUACGAUACAAACGGUGAUCAAUUCCUCUUUUCUACACUCUUCUGUCGCGUCAAAAUCGAUCCAGCUACAAGCAUCUAUGUCAAUGCCGAAGCAAAUGAGAGCGUCGGCGUACUAAAGAGUCUCGGUCGUACCGUCUUCAAUCGAACACCUCUAUCACCAAAACCCCCGGUCGAUAGUGGUCACCAAUGA